UACGCUUUAAAGUUGGGUCUGCGUAUACUUCCAAUCUGUCUAGGCUGGUGGUCAUUCAGAAGACAUUUUAAACGGAUGUACAGUAUAAAUAUUUAACACAUAAAGUGAAAAAAACCAGUGUAAUGCCUUUAACAUAACUUUUUGUUUUGCAUUUAUCAGUAGACAAUAUCAGUUUUGUAUCAUUGUCAGUUUUGCGAUUUCCUUUCUAAAUGCAAGAUAACGUUUCGUGACUGAUCUAUACUGGCUCUUAGUUUAAGAGUAGGGAGUGAAAUGUUCACCGCUUCAUAUUCGUGGGAAGUUGCAUCCACCAUAUGGAACUGGUUGUUAGCGAAAUCUCAGUGCAAGAACAAAGUGCUCGUUUGACAUUGGUCAAAUUGUGUCAUAUUAUUAGGCCGUAUUAAUCAAAGCUGUCUUUUAUGAUCGUGAGUUGCGGUCGUUGGAAUUAGGAGAUAUAAUAAAUAGGCUAGCCAUCUCUGAUCCUGGGUAUUUGCGUUCUAUGUCUCACGUUUCUUUGUGCAAGGUGGUCAGUGAUGAUGAUGUUGGAUAGUGUUUGCUUAGAAGUGAAAGUCAAAGGAUGGGAUUGUGAAGUUGCAUCGAUUGUGGUGGCCAGAAUGUGUUACGCGUGCUGACCCACUACUUUCCAUAACAUUGCUAGCUAAAAUAGAAUGACACUGCGGAAGAGUUCGAGGUAGUUAGACGAAAACAUGACACCGAUCAAUGACAUUUUCGAGUGUAACUUUGUACUAUGUAGUGAGGUGUAGAGCACCUGGCUGCAGUUCUCAGAACGCUAAGAAUCACUGAUCAGAAAUUGGUGAGACAGUUGGAAGUCGUUCUCAGUAGCGCACAGACCUUGUAAUUUUGAAGUUUGUUAAAAUUCUAACUAAUAUGUAUGCUUAUUUUUCUUUUAACAUCUUUUAUUUUUUUGCCUUUGGAAUUGUGACAGCUUGGACUGAUGCACUUAUCUACAGAGUUCUACGUCGGUAAUUUAGCUGAUUUCAGAUUAAUGUUAGGCUACCUAAUAUGGCAUCUUGCUUGACAUAUGCAAUAUGAGCCAUCGGGUUUCUUCGUUGUUUUUCACUUCGUGCAACUGCUAAAUAGUAUCAAAGACUUAAUAAUUAUUUCAAAUAUUGCUGAAAUCCAAAGUUUAAAUCUUAUUGUAGCUUUCAGUUUCAGCCUACUAAUGGACAGAGAUGAAGAUUAUCCUAUUGGUGUGCUUAUAGAAGAACUUCGUGGUGAAGACUUACAAGUCCGUCUUCAAAGUAUUCGUAAAAUAGCAACUAUUGCAUUAGCCCUUGGCCCGGAGAAAACCAGAUCUCAACUGAUACCAUUUUUAACUGAGACAAUCUAUGAUGAAGAUGAAGUUUUACUUGCUUUAGCAGAACAAUUAGGAACAUUGGUUCCUUAUGUUGGUGGCCCAGAAUACGCUCAUUCGUUACUGCCUCCACUUGAAAGUCUUGCUGCUGUAGAGGAAACAGUUGUACGUGACAAAGCUGUUGAAGCAUUAAGAAAACUUGCACCAGAUCAUACAACAGAUUCAAUUGAAAAAUAUUUUAAUCCAUUACUGCAUCGGUUAGCCAAUGGAGAUUGGUUUACAAGUCGAACGUCGGCAUGUGCACUAUUCAGUGUGGUCUAUCCACGUGUACGCAGUUCAGAACGAUGGGAAUUACUUGAUUUCCUGAAGAGAUUAUCUAGGGAUGAAACUCCAAUGGUCAGACGAGCAGUGGCUGCCCGAUUAGGUGAAUUGGCAGUGUCUAUGUGCGGAGGUCCAAUUAAACAACAACAACAAGAACAAGCUACUGCAAAUAGUGAGAAGUCGAAUGACAAUGACAAUAGUAAAACUAAUUCAGUUGAUACAACCACUUCGUCUGUUGAAUCAAAGAAAUCAACCAGUGAAUUAUCUAACCCAGCAGAACAGCAGGGUAAAAGCGAUGAUGAAACACCGCCUAUUAAUGAUGAUGCGACGAAGGAGGAUUCUAUUAAAACAGGCGGUGAUGAUUAUUCCACAACAAAUGUAAAAAACACCGAAGAGCAGUCUUCAUUUAUUAUGAAUCCUAUUCAUCACAAUUAUGAUUAUUACACCCUAGACCCAGAGAAUGAACGUAACACUAUCGUGACUGAACUUGUGCCUAUUUUUAUUCGACUUGUUGCUGAUGAACAAGAAUCUGUACGUCUAAUGGCUGUUGAAUCGGUUGUCCAAUUAGCACAAGCUUUAGGACCCAAAGAAUCAGAAGAAUACUUAAUUGAUCUUAUCCAACAGGCGACAACAGAUAAAUCAUGGCGUGUACGAUGCGUUGUAGCGGAUAAGUUUACAGAUAUUCAAUUAGCUAUGGGACAACGUGUUUCACGUGAACGAUUAGUGCCUUUCUUCAUGAAAUUACUUCACGAUGAGGAGGCGGAAGUACGCGCUUUUGCUGCAGGCAAAGUGAAAUCAUUCGCUAGAUGUUUACUCGGUCUACCAGUUAACGAGUCAAAUACUUCCACGACGACGACGACAACAACAACAACGACGGCGAAUGCUACCGCCACUACUACUACAUCAUCAUCCAAAGAACAACCAACCACAUCUCAUGAAAAUAAAAUGGAUAUUGAUGACAAGCUAGACAAUGAAGUGAUUGGUGGUAUCGCUUCAAAAGAUGAUAUUAUUAUGCAACAAUUGCUGCCAGCCAUCAAAAAUCUUACUAGCGAGUCAAAUACUCAUGUGAAAUCAGCUCUGGCUGGUGCUAUCCUCGGUUUAGCACCACUAGUCGGUAAAGCUUCAACAAUUGAACAUCUGCUGCCAAUAUUUUUAGCCCAAUUGAAUGAUGACAAUCCAGAAGUCCGAUUGAAUGUGAUAUCUAAUCUAGAACAAGUGAACUCUGUGAUUGGUAUUGAUCAUUUAGAGACAAGUUUAUUACCGGCUAUUGUCCAGUUGGCUGAAGAUCCGAAAUGGCGUGUACGCUUAGCUAUUAUUGAAUAUAUGCCAUUGUUGGCGGAACAAUUAGGCUUAGAAUUUUUCGGCGAUCAGUUAACUGAAUUAUGCCUAUCAUGGCUUGUUGAUCAAGUGUAUGCUAUCCGAGAGGCAGCUGUUGAAAAUCUUGUACGAUUGUGUAUAAAAUUUGGUCCUGAAUGGGCGAGUAAUUUUUAUAUACCAAAGAUUAUUCAUUUAUCACGUGAUGAAAAUUAUCUACAUCGUAUGAUUUGUCUACAAAGUAUUAUUAGCCUGUGUAAAGUUGUCAGUCCAACCAUCUGUUGUCAGUAUUUACUGCCUACAGUUUUAUCCAUGCAUACAGAUAAUGUACCAAAUGUUCGAUUUAAAGUUGCUCAAGCGCUCAGCAAUUUAGGCCUACAACUCGAUGCAAAAGAUAUUGACAGUGAAGUGAAAGCCUGUUUACAUCGUCUAGCUGAAGAUUCUGAUACUGAUGUCAAAUUUUAUGCUUAUGAGGCGAUGGACACGUUGAAGAUAUCUGUGAAUAGUAGUAUUAAUAAUAACAAUAAUAAUAAACCGCUAUCACCGCUAUUUCAAAGUUAUCAUAUUAAAGUGAAACCGGCACUGUUAGACAGUCCAAAUUACAUUACCACUACUACGCCUACUCCUACUCCUACUCCUCCUCCUGUGGUAUCAAUCCAGUCGUCACAAUUACCAUCGUCAACAACACCUGACCUUCAGUUGGCUGGUGAGAAUGAAGAUGAAUCAUCGUCGCCGUUGUCACCACCAUUAUUGAACUCUGUACACGAGGAUGUCAGUAGUACUAACAAUAAUAAGAUGAAUGAUAUUAUCACGAUUACAGUAUUAUCACCUGCAGUCUCUUCAUCACCACAGUCUUUGUUUGCAGCGAAUACCACCACCACCGCCACCAAUGGGAAUGGUGAAUUGUAGAUUUGAAUUGAUUUAUUUUCUGAUUGUUUCUUCUUCCUCGUCUUUGUGUGUUUUUUGGCGGUGCACGCGCGACCCCGUUCACAAGAAGGGGAGAGAGUCAGGGAGUGUGUGUAUUUAUCAAUGAUUUCCGAUCAUCAGCAUCCUUUUUUUACUGUCUUUAUCCUAAUUUUAAUGUGGUUUAAAUUUCCGCUCUUACACUAAUUAACUAACUAACCAGCUAAGCAACUAACUAUAAUGUACUGUGAAUAUACAUUUAUAUAAAGGAGGAUUUAAUUCAUAGUACUGUGCGCAACAAAAGAGGUGGAGUAGAAGCCGGGCAUCGCUGAGUGCAGAUACAACUUUUAGUGUAUAUGUGAAUCCCAAAUCACAAUCAAAUUGAUCCAUGAUGAUGUGAUUCUCAUUAGAGUCUGGAAUUUGUAGAAUUUUUUAAUUUUCCUUUGUUGUUAUUGUUGUAUUCCCCCCCCCACCUUUUUUUUGAUUAUUAUCAAUCAAUCACCAUGAAAAAUUUGAUUUUCAGUUUCUUCUCACUUUUUCUUUUUGUUUUGUUUUGUUCUGCUGUUGUGAGUAGUAUUUAAAAACAAAGUGUUUGACUGCCAUCUCUACAAAUACUGUUACUAAUACUACUGAUUAUUCUGUUAGUAGUGAUAUUGUGUGUGUGUGUGUGUGCGUAUAAUAUGCAUUAAUUCAUCUAAAGAGGAUUUUUAUCCAACCUACUCAUGUUCUUGUUCACACACCCACCCACAUGCACACGCAAGAUGAUCUCAACUGCCAUUGGCGAAACCAAGUUGUGUUCCCAUGCACACCAACAUUCACACACACACACAGAGAUAUAUGAAUAUAUAUACUUACAUAUUAUGCAUACACUGUGUAUUAUACACGCGAUUUUAGCCCGAUCUCCAACCCACCACCCCCUCCUUGAGAAGCAACUCUUUUAAUUUUCUAUUCUUAUGAUUUUACGGAUUAAUCCUUUGCAAUAUGAUAUGCAUUCGUAAUAUGUAUGAAUGUAUGCGUAUUCAUUUGUUCUGAUAUUAGGUUCUUCUCCUUUUAACAUAUACACAUAUACAUAUAUGUGGUCUUUUUCGCGGUGCGGCUGGGGGGAGGUUCUGGGUAGUUAUUUCCCUGCCCACUUGCCUGCCUGCCUGCGUAGCUGACCGGCUUGCUUGAUUUCUUGUUCUUUGACGCCGACCAACCGACCGGCCUGAACACACACACACACUCUCUGAGCAUGUUUAGCUAAUUUCUCUCUUUGGGGUUUUUUUUUAUUCUUGUCUGCAUGAUGAUAGUGAUGAUGGCGGAAUCUGUUGUCUGUCUGUCUGUCUAUUUGUGUGUAUUAUUGUUUAUAGCACAUUCACUUUUUUUGAUUUUUUAUUAAAGAAAAUUGAAAAUUAAUAAAUGUGUGCCUUGAC